AUGGAACGGAUCUGCAAUAUCCUUCGCGAGAAUAAGAAGCUUCCUAUGACAGACGAGCAGCUUUCAGACCUCGGAGUCAAUUUUCAUCAGUUUUAUAUCCGCACUGGUAAAAUUUCUUCGCCAUCGAUUACAAGCUACUUCCUACCUCGGGUUGAUUUUCGAGAUGUUCUCGAUUCAGAUCUAGCAUGUUCACCCUUCGCAGAGGCUGUAAGCUGCACUGAAGUGCCAGGUCCUCGCCGCAACUCAUGGACUCUUGAGGCAUUAGAGACGUUUAUGUUUCCAGAUAUGAUGACCGAUUAA